AUGCUUCUCUUGGCGGCGGUGAUCGCGGUGCCGCUGCUCACGCUGCGCUCCACGGAGAGCUCCGCGCACUAUUACGAGAUGACAGGCACGUGCCGCAUGGUCUGUGACCCCUACAGCGGGAAACCAGGGGCCAAGUCUGGGGCCACCGCCAUGAAGCAGAGCCACGCGCUCCCGCAGCCACCUCUGACCGCGGGCACGCGCGGGGAACCGGGAAGACCGGGUAAAUCUGGAUCCAGAGGACCACCAGGAGAGGCAGGUCCGCCGGGGCCCCCAGGACCAAGAGGACCCCCGGGGGACAGGGGCCACAACAAACUGUCUGCACCGACUCUAACCACCGGGAGCACCGGGGCCACGGACACCACCGACACAGACAGGAACUCCUCCGCAAACCCUUUACGCAUCGCGUUUUACGUCGGUCUCAAGAACCCGCACGAGGGCUACGAGGUGCUGAAGUUUGACGACGUCAUCACCAAUUUAGGAAACCAGUACGACGCCAGCACCGGAAAGUUCACGUGCCAAGUGUCCGGGAUGUACUUCUUCACGUACCACGUGCUGAUGCGCGGCGGAGACGGGACCAGUAUGUGGGCCGACCUGUGCAAGAACGGACAGGUCCGGGCCAGUGCCAUUGCGCAGGAUGCAGAUCAGAACUAUGACUAUGCCAGUAACACUGCUCUGCUGCGUCUGGACUCAGGAGACGAGGUCUACGUCAAACUGGACGGAGGCAAAGCUCACGGAGGCAACAACAACAAGUACAGCACCUUCUCCGGCUUCAUCCUGUACCCGGACUGA